GAAUUGCAGCGAGGCGGGAGUCUUUGUGAGGUUUGUCCGAGGAGUGAUCACACUGUAAGUGGAAUUUUGGGGUCGGGAUGGUGGUUACAGUUUUGGGAGGGGGGAACCUCUGUUUUCGGGGACACUAUCGAUCCCACGCCGCGCGCAGGCUUCGGAGAUCCUCUGCCGCGAAUAGGGGGAUUGGGGAGUUUGGCGGUUUCCUAGGGGGAGGCGAUCAAACACAUCCAGCAGUAUCGGUUCAUGGCGUCCCUCCCCUUCCUCUCUUUAUGAGUGGCAACGCUUCAAAGAGCCCCCCUCGCGUCGGUGGGGGAAAAGAGGAUUUAGAGUGGUUUCUUACGUUAUGCAUUUCGAGGAAUUUGGUUCCUUUGUGCUAGAAUGCUAUCCCUUCAAUCCACGAGCUGCUUAUUGUUUCGGGCACCGAAAGCGUGUCAUCUCCCUGCCCAAGACAACCCUCUUCUGACUCUGGAACAGUUAACCGCGCCGUGAUUUUACGGGCGCACACAGCCUUAGUAUUACUCCCGAUCUUCACACAUACGGCGACGGGAAGCUCGGAGGAGGAAUAUUUUUUAAACGAAGAUUAGCCGAUCUCUGUUGUCUUGGGUAUUUGUUCAUGAAAGUAAGGAUAGUUUGGACUUCGGGAGCAAGAUGUAGAGAUAAAGAUGUAUCGUACUUAACCCCUGAGGGUUGAUUACAACCCUGCGCUGGCCAUGGAUACAUCGAGGUUCCUUAUGUUAUACCGGUAUGCUUGUCAGGGAGCUGAAAUUUGCCCUCGUUCCCUAAAAUAUAUACAUUAGAUUCUAACUGGUGAUUGUAAUGGUGCGGAGUGGCCAUAGAGAUGGAAAUCAAACUCCAAUACGGGAUUUGGUGUGGUUGGGAAGGUCAUCCCUUUUAUGAUUUGGCAGAACUUGACCUGCAAAUUGUUCUGUUGCCUUCUGGAUUCCAAGCACGUGGCCACUCUUGAGCUGAAUUAUCCUGAGCUAGGACAGACCUGCUCCUUCUCUUCAAAGUUUUCUUAGCACUGGAUCAGCCUUUUCCAACCUGGCACCUCCCAGGAGUGUUGGAGUACAGUCAAUGAAUCCAGCCAGCACUGCCACUGGGUAUGAUGGAAGUUGUAGUCCAGUAUAUCCAGAGGAUUCAAGUUGAGGAAAUUGCACUAGACCUUCAGCACUGGUGCUUGCCAACCAUGUGUGUCCCUGAGCUUGGCAACAUCUCUUUAUCUUUACCAUGACUGAUCAUAUCUAAAUGACUUUUGCCUAGAGAACAAAUCGUGCUAGGUGAAGGCAGUUAGGGGAUCUUUGUUGGUUGCAUAGCUGCUUAUAGUGGAAUGGACGUCAACCAAUUCUAGUGCUUUCUGAAAGGAUGGGCCCAGCCUCACUGAGGUUUGGGGAGGGAAGAAUCAAGGGGGACACUUUUCCUCAUUUCACUCCCACUAAAUAUGUAUUGGGCAAAGGGGAGGAGUUUGGGGUCACAGUGUGUCUAGGCUUCUCUUACCUGUAUGCUGUGCCAAGAACUUGCUGGAUGCUCCAAAUGGGGGAGCUUCUGACCAUUCCUAUCAGUCAAGAAAAGCUGGAUUGAUUACAAAACUUUCUGAGCUCAGGUCUCCUCAGAGUACAAGCAUUGGAGGGCAUGCGUUUGCAUGUUCAAGAAUGAAUAAGGUAGUGUUUGCACAAAGUGUCUUUGUUAAACUAAGGAAAUCUUGACAGUUUUUAAACUGCUGUGCUGUUAGUACUGGAGUCUGCUUCUCACAUUACAUCCCUUUUUUCUUUUUUUGAAUAUAGCUAAAUAAAACAUACUCAUUGGUCUGUGUGUGGAAAUGGCAGUAUUUCCUUGUAUAAAAGGAGCAGGCAGACUUCAGGCUUGUGGGAUCUACUUUUUUGUUUUGUUUUGUGCUAGAACCCUGAAGUCCAACUGGGAUCUGGUGAACGAGGCAUGCUCAGAAUGCACAGACAUUACAGAAUUCUGUACAAGAACUCUCAGUCCUUCUUCCACACACAAAUGCAUUCCUGGUCACCCCCAAGCUUUAUUUAUUUCAGGAGUAUAUUAUGGGGUGGGAGUUAAUUUGUUGUUGCUUCUCCGAAAGUCAGAAAUUCUUGUCAGUUCUAUGGUAGCCAACUAGAUCUAGUCCUGCAUUUCCCCACCCUUGCUAAAGAUAUUUGUGAACAGCAAAAAGAGCAAGAUUGGUUCCUUGCUUGUCUUUUUGAGGGACCUUGAUUCUGCCUGCGUGUAGUCAUGGAAACUGGUAUGCUGUGGCUCUUUUAAAAAUACUGCCUGUUUGUGAGCACCACAUGUAAAGUAAAGGUGCUGAAGUGAAGAAGGAGCUCCUCUAAAGAGGCUUAAUAUAUCGAAUGCACUAAAAGUUAUAUUGACUGUUGCAGAUCUUAGAUUGAUGACCGGACAGAAAGCACUCCUCUAUUCUUGUCUCUUGUGAAGAGGGCACCCUAGAUCCAAACCCUCAACCAGAUUCACUUCAUUUGAAAUGGACAGCCUGACCUAGUUUAACCUCAGUGCACAAGCCUUUUAGUGAAACUUCAUGUCCCAGAAGAAUUCAUGUUCUUGGUCUGCAAGUUAUAUUAUUUCAUGGUUAAGGAAGCCUGGGAGGGCAGAGAGCCAGAGAGGAUGUAUCCUUGGCCCGAUACUUUGCUCACUGUCCCAUGGGACUGGUCCUCUGUAUUUAUACUUGUUAAUAAACAUCUUUGUUGAAUUGAAUGUUAACUCCUAACUUACUUGCUCUGGUAAGCACGUUCUCUGAUAGACAUCUGGACUUCUGGUAACCGUGCUGGGGCUGCCUUGCUCGAGACUGGUAAACAUGGUAUAAUAAUCAUGCAUCUAUAUUUGGCUAACAAGCUUGAUUUGGUGGCAUAUUCAAGAUGUGAAAUUAGCCAGUUUAGAAUAGUCACUGCACUCAGCUGAAGGUGAAUUUGGGUGCAAGAAAACCUGUGGUUCACCACAUGUUUACUCCAUCAGGCAUUACUUCAUUAAUGAAAGAAAAUUUCCAUCAGUGGGGCAGGAGGAAUUUAAACUUGUGGUAAAUGUGCCUUUCAACUUUGAUAAUGUCCGGAAAACAUCUCCCAGAAAACUGAUAGGGAUAUUUACUCCUCGCAAGGUCAUUCUGCAUGUUUAGAUUUGAUCUUUUUGAAAGGACUGAUAGUUCUGCAUCAGGAACUGAAUUAACAAACAGUACCUUACUGGUUCAAAAACUCAGUUUCAUACAUUAACAGUGCAGUCAUAUGCAUGUCUAGAUAGAAGGAACACCCAUUGCUUUCUCUGAGGCUUUCUCCUAAGUGACCAUAUAUAGUUGCAGCUGUCUUUGGGACUUUCUGUCAUCUCCUACAUCGCAGCACACUCUUACACUGUUUGUUUAUAUCAGGGGCGGACAACAUCCAGAGAGGGCUGCACUGGAAGUCACGGUGGGCAGUACCCCGUCAUUGCUAGCACAACAGCAGAAUUCGCCACAGAGGCGAAAUUUGCCAUUAUUUUUGCUGCUGCCAUGCUGACAAAUUCAGUAGCCCCCUAGCAAAACAGUCAUGGGGGGCUGCAUAUAAUCCAUUAGCUGUAUAUGACUCCUGAUUUUCAAGCAUGUUAUUGUGAUGGAUACUUUUCUCCUCCUGAGGCUGCCUCUCUGUAGGAAUGUGGCAAAACAGAGGUAGAAAGCACAGCAAAGAAAAUCAUGGAUGUAUUACUUUGAUCAUAUCUCUAAACAUGCUCUUCUGGGGUCCUGGUAGAAAUUAUGUGACAUACUUGAUGAAUAUGAAUAGUGCAGAAAUCAUGCUUCUGUUUGUAUGAACUAUGCUGUAGUGUCUUUGGUUGCAUACAAGGCUCAAGUGUGCAGAUGCAGGAGGGCCUAUGCCUUUAUACUGAAUUUUGGGAAAAGGAAACAGGUGGCUGGGGAGCUCUCUGUGCACUGGACAGAUUGAACAUACAUACAGUGCACACCUGUGCUGUUGCCUCUGUCACGUGACAUCCACUUAAUGGGUGCCCUUUUGACUGAAGGAUUGUUAUUGUAUGUGAGCACUGGAGUGUCACACUGUCCCAAUGCACCAGGACGUGGUUUCCAUACAGAGAGUAAGACAAGCGUCUGAGUUGCCUUCCAGAAGCAACUGUGCUGCCAAGCUCCUAAACUGAUCUCAAGAGUAAAGUUAUUUGGGAAAGGAGCAUUCUGAUAAGGCAGAGAGAAGACAUGUCAGUAGUAUCACUUCCACCUCCCUUCAGCUCUUCCAUUUUGUGUGCAUAGGUGAUGGCUGUGAUAAGUGUAUAAAGUUAAUUAAGCUGUGUUGUGGUCCUUUGGGGACAGGCUGUUCACCACAGGCCCAAGAGAUGCGAGCAGUGUGUUAAGUUGAGCCAUGCAAUUCAUGAACUACAACUCCCAUUGGGGUUAUGGGAGUUCUAGGCCAAAAUCUGGAGGGCCACAGUUUACCCACCUAUGUGGAAGUACCUCUCCUGAUAUUGUGUAGAGAGGUAGCAGUAAUGGGGGGCAAUCUGGAUUGGGUCCCAUCUUCCCAUUUUCCUGAGCUAACAUACAGGCUCUGGUAUCUUUCCUCUUAGCCACUAAUAGUAGUUCCAGACUGGGAGUAGGGAUUUGAAGCAGGGCAUGUUGGAUUAGUUUCCCUCUUCUCCCAGUGCCACAGUUCCAAUCUAAAUCAAAGCCACAAAAAAGUGCUAGAAGGUGCAUACAUGCUUCUUGACAUUGGUCUAGUUUAACCUUGAGUUGACUUUCAAGCUGGGCUUAUGAGGUGUGAGAAAAGAGGUGGAAGGGAAGGAUCAACUAUCCUCAGAAACUUGUGAGGAUAUGCGAGGACAGCUGUGGUACCAAAGUGGUAGAAGUUCAUGGCCAGUUUUACGUCUUUUCCAUCUACCUGAAUAAUCCACUGGAUUCACAAACACAUUCGUUGCUGAUGCAGUGUUGUGCAUCUGUCCAUAAAAUGGUUAACAUAUACUUUUUAAAAGAGAUUUGUGAAGCAGCUUUGGUUGCCACGGGCAAGGCUAUAUGGCAGGGGUAGGCAACUUGUGGCCCUCUGUGUUUUGUCCUAAAAUACCCAUCAGCCUUAGCUAGUAUAACCAAUGGUGAUAGCACUUGAAGUAUCUGGUGCUUUUCUGGAAGACAGCACUGGGGAUGCUGCAUGUAAGCUUCGUGUUGUGAGAAAUACACCAUAUAUUUAAGGCCUGUGCUGAGCCAAGAUGAGUUGGAGUUUCUUAACACGCCUCCUGGAGGAGAUCAAUGAGCACUCGACCUUCGUGGGAAAGGUGUGGCUGACAAUGCUGAUUGUCUUCCGCAUUGUGUUGACUGCUGUGGGUGGUGAGUCCAUCUAUUAUGACGAACAGAGUAAGUUUGUGUGCAACACGCAGCAGCCUGGGUGUGAGAAUGUCUGCUACGAUGCCUUUGCACCCCUCUCGCACGUCCGGUUCUGGAUCUUCCAGAUCAUUGUAAUAGCCACACCGUCGGUGUUCUACCUGGGCUAUGCCCUGCACCGGCUUUCGCGCCAGCCACCUCGGAAACGCCGGGCUCCUGUGGUCCACCGGGGUGCCGUCCGUGACUAUGAGGAAGCAGAGGACAAUGGUGAGGAGGAUCCCAUGAUCUUUGAGGAGGUAGAACCCGAGAGAGAGGCAAAGGAGCCUGAGAGGCAAAAACACGACGGCCGCCGUCGUAUCAAGAAUGAUGGGUUGAUGACGGCGUAUGUGAUACAGCUGCUUCUCCGUUCAUUGUUUGAGGUGGGCUUUCUGUUCGGGCAAUAUGUGCUGUACCGUUUCGAGGUCAACCCCUCGUAUGUGUGUACUCGCAGCCCCUGCCCCCACAUUGUGGAUUGCUUUGUCUCCCGUCCCACUGAGAAAACCAUCUUUCUGCUCAUCAUGUAUGCUGUCAGCGGGCUUUGCUUGCUGCUCAAUAUCUGUGAGCUGUUCCACCUGGGAUUUGGUGGGAUCCGUGAUGCGUUUCGUGGCCUUGACAAAGAUGCUGGGGUCCACCCCAAGCCCCAGUAUCCUCGGAAGGAACCCAUCGCACCCAUUGCACCUCCUACCUACCAUUCUAUCAAGAAGGAGCCCUCGAAAAGCCAGCUCACCAAGGACAAACUGGCCUACCAGGGAGAGAGCUUGGUUGGCAUGGCCCCAGAAAGCUAUAAUGCCCCCUCAGGCCUCCCAAGCCAUGAGCUGGAGCGCCUGCGCAAGCACCUCAGGAUGGCACAGGAACAUCUGGAGAUGGCUUUCCACCUGCAGCCAGAGGUCACCGCGAGCCCAUCACGUAGCAGUAGCCCCGGGUCUAAUGGGCUAGCUGCGGAACAGAACCGGCUCAACUUGGCACAUGAGAAGGAAGGUGCAACCUGUGAGCGAACUACUGGUCUCUGAAGUCCUGGGCAGUGACACAGAUGACAACAGGGCGAGUCCCUGAAGAAUUGGCAGCAUGUGAAUGUGUCUUCCUAGCCCGAAGUUUGGAAAUGCCCUGACAGAGGGGGAGGGGUGGAAUAGAGGGAUAUGGAUGUCCUUGUUCAUGUUGGGUUGAAGGUGAGAGAAGGGGGUGGAUGCAAACCUCUCCAUUCCUGCCUCCCGAGGGAGGGAGGCCAUAAUGGACCACCUUCAGAAGUGUAGGGGUGUGUGUGUAUGUGUGCGUGUGUCUUUUUCAAGGGUCUAAAAGGGAAACUUAUUUUUUUACUUUUAUAUAUGUUGUAGAGGUACUAUUUUGUCUCGUCUAUGGGGUAUUGUCUUGUUUUUCCUCUAGUGGAACUGGAUAGGUAUCUAUAUGGCAGCUGCUUCCCUCACCACUUUUUUUCUGUUGCAAUUUACUGUAUAUUUGGGGGCGGAGGCAGGGGAGAAAAGAAUAAGGACCAUACCUUCCCUGUGUUUGUCUGGAGCCAUACUCAACUUGGCCUACUCUCCCCGACACCAGAUUAUGGAGACAAUUGGUGGUUGGGCCAAAGAUAACUUGCUACAUUCCAGGAUGCCGGCUUUUAAACAGCAUCUGCCUUCCUGCCCUCUGUGGGGUGCUGGGCUGGGUUCCCUCCUGAAUUGUAGUGGGACCACAGUCACAUUUGGAUCAUCUCAGAGAUUGACAUGAAAUGUGUUCGUAUUUUUUGUAUUUUUUUAAAAAUAAUUUACUGAAAUAGUUAUGAAACUGUUUUGCUUUUUUAUAUAAAUAUAUAUAUAUAUUUGGUAAAAAUCAGGGUCAUUUCAUAGAAAAUUUGGGAUCAUGACUCUUAUUUUGUAGGAGCAGGCAGAGAAGGAAAGUUUUCACAGUUAUGUGCCAAUAUGGUGUCUUGCUUAGUUGGUAAAGACCUCACUGCAUAGUGGGGAGAGAAGACAGAGUAUCUAGUUCCACCACACUAACAAUGUAAGGAACUGCAUCAGAAGAUGAGUCGGUUAACGCAGAGUUCGUGAUCUCACAGCCUUGUUGCUGGGCAACGGAGAAGUGUUUCCUAGUUGGCUGUCACAGCAAAUGCCUUCCUUCCUGAAAAAGAAGCAGAAAGUGGGUGUUGGCUGAAAGGCAAUGCUUACGGGCUAGGAAUGGCCAACCCAAGGAGAAUUCCUUGGAACUCUGCCUGGAACCUUCUUUGCUGGGAGAAGAAAAGCUGAACAUCUUGAAUCUGAAUCUGCCUUGAAUCUGGUGUCUUGAACCAGAGGCCAAAGCUGAGGACCCUGGACAAUACACAGCCAAGUACCUAUGCGAAUCUCCACAGGCUGCAAGUCCUCAGUGCCUUGAGCAGUACUCUCCUGGUAGAAAGAUACGGUGCUAACAAUAAAAGGCUCCUCUCCUUCCACAAUCACA